AACCGUGUAGACUCUUUGUUCAGGUUCACAUUUGUCCACAUGGGAUCUUAUUUUUCUUUUUAGCUGUUUAGUUACCAACCAAAAGGCCUCAAAGACUAGUGAGGCUAUACAGGAAAAGACUCAAAAGUCACUAAAGGAAGUAUAACAGGAAGUAAAAGCUGUCACUCAGAGUCUUUGAACGUUAAAGGCGUGAGAACAAGGAGAACACGGAGCUCAAUCUAUCAAUGCAGAAGGAUUACAAUGGCUUUGUUUGGAAUUGUGAUUCUUCUGAUUGCAGCAGCGGCUGGUGAAGACUUCCCCUCCUUCACUGUCAGAGUCAGAGAUAACGUGACUCUACCGUGUGGAAAUCUGACUAAAAAUAAGCAGAGCUGUGACAAGACUUCUUGGCUUUACAAUCGUGACAGUCAUGCAAAGACGCUGGUUAAAAACGGAAAAAUAACAGGAGAGAUUUCAAAAGAUAAAGCCAAGAGACUGAAUGUUCUAGCAAACUGCUCUCUGGUUAUAAAGAAUGUCACAACGGAGGAUGUUGGUGUUUACAUCUGCAAACAUCAUAAUCAAGAUCCCGUUGUUUCUCUGUCUGUUAUUAACAUUGAGUCAGAAGCAGAGCUCUUCUUGUUCUGCUCUGUGUUGACAUAUUCUGGAUGUUGGUACUCAGUACAGUGGAUGUAUAAGAGGAGUCAGGAAGACAUUGAGACAAACUCACAUACCUGUUCAGCUGAUGUGUCAUUUAAAACUCCUCAUCUUCAUCAGAAGUCAAACAUUGAAGAGCUGCUGUACUGUAAGGUGACAGAUAAUAGGAGCGGUCAAACGCUGCUCUUUAAUGUCCCACCAUCAAGAGGAGAGGAAACAACAGAGGAAGAGGAUCAAAAUAAACCAGCUUGGUGGCCGUUUCUCAUUGUGGCUGCUGUGGUUUUAGUAAUCCUUAUAGUUGUUGUGGUGUUCAUCAGAAGGAAGAAAGCUCAAGGAAACAAAACGCAGAGAGAUGACAGCGUUGGACAGAGUCUGAACCCUGCAGAGACUCAGCCCGGUCGAGAAAGCAGCCAAGAAAGCGCAGACCCUGAAGAUGGUGUUGCGUACGUUUCUGUCAGUUUCACCAAGAAGAGAAACAGAAACAGUGAAGCACAGGCUGGUGGUGAUGAUGAUGAUGGCACAGUGACCUACAGCACUGUGAAAGUUUCCUCUAAUGACAAUGGAGCCUUUGUCAAUCCCAGCAGUCUCUACGCCACCGUCAACAAACCAGAAUAGUUAGAUCUGCACUCUGUAAUAUUGUAUAUGCAGACGACGCUUCUAUUAAACCUUUAUACCUCAUUUACAGCAGUGUGGUUUGGGCAGUAGGGCAGCAGCUGGCUGAUAUUUGUACUGUUAUUUUAAAAAUUAGAAAUGUAAUAUUAGGGAGCGCAAAUGGUUGAGUGGUUUAAGGCGCUACCCAUGUACGCGGGAGGCCUGGGUUCGAAUCCGGCCUGUGGCCCCCUGCCGCAUGUCUCUCCCCGCUCU